UUACACUCCUUCAGGCCCUGGUCAAUCCACAAGGCAAGGCGCAUUCGUCACCGUGCGCAGGACAUGAACAAUAACACGCGCGCGACUUUUCGUGUACAGUCGCUGCAUGCGACUGACCGUAUGUGCUACGUGUUUAGUGAGUGCAAUUGAAUGUCAUGCACAGAUGCACCGGCCAAGAAAGCUCGCGACGCAGGAACUGCCAUGGAGCCGCCGAGACUGGCCGCCCCAGUCGCCCGGGCCCGCUCCGAUACUACCCCUGUGUGUUCGAUAACACCGGCACACUCAGCAAUUUGCACAGCAUCACGCGGGGCGAGGGACAGAGCAAGCACACGUUGUCGUGCACCGCGUUUUGCAUUGCAGCGUGCGCAUGGGCCGAAAAGCCCUCGUUUUCACAACUUUGCAUUUAGGUUUGCAGAUUGAAAUUAUUACCAUUAGUUUGCUGUGAAAUUUGUAGCGUGUCCAUUAGCACUUGUUUCUUUCCUCGCUAACGCCGACACACAGCAGCGCAACUAUGCAGCAGACUGUGCUCCGCGCGUCCUCCGGCGCCGUCAGCGGCCGCCCCACCGCUGUGCCUGUCGCCACUCGCGCCAGCCAGCGUGGUCGUGUUGCCCUGCGCCCGGUUGCCGCUGCCAUUCUGAACAAGCCGGACAGCGAUGAGGGCCUGACCUACAAGAAGGCCGGUGUCGAUAUUGACGCUGGUGAUGAGCUGGUGGACCGCAUUAAGAAGAUGAACCCCAAGGCCAACAUCGGUGGCUUCGGCGGUCUGGUGCCCUUCGGCGACUCUUACUUGGUGGCCGGCACCGAUGGCGUGGGCACCAAGCUCAAGCUCGCAUUCGACCUGAACAAGCACGACACCGUCGGCAUUGAUCUGGUCGCCAUGUCCGUGAACGACAUCAUUACCCUGGGCGCCAAGCCCCUGUUCUUCCUUGACUACUACGCAACCGGCCACCUGGACGUGGACACCGCCGAGAAGGUCAUCAAGGGCAUCGUCGACGGCUGCAACGACUCCGACUGCAUCCUGCUGGGUGGCGAGACCGCGGAGAUGCCCGGAUUCUACCAGAAGGGCGAGUAUGACCUGGCCGGCUUCGCGGUUGGCGCCGUGAAGAAGGACAGGGUGAUUGACGGCAAGACCAUUAAGGCCGGCGAUGUGGUGCUGGGCCUGGCGUCCAGCGGCGUGCACUCCAACGGCUUCUCGCUCGUGCGCAAGGUUCUGGAGGUGUCCAACACCAGCCUGCACGCGCCCUGCCCCUGGGACUCGGGCAAGUCCAUGGGCGAGGCGCUCAUCACCCCCACCGUCAUCUACGUGCGCAAGGUCCUGGAGCUGCACGAGAAGGUGGGCCUGAAGGGCGUGGUGCACAUCACGGGCGGCGGCAUGCCCGAGAACAUCCCGCGCGUCAUCCCCAAGGGCCUGGGCGUCAACGUCAAGGACGGGUCGUGGGAGGUGCCGGAGCUGUUCAAGUGGGUGCAGGCCACCGGCAAGGUGCCCAUCGACGACAUGCGCCGCACCUUCAACAUGGGCGUGGGCCUCAUUAUGGUGGUGGACCCCUCCAAGGUCGCCGACAUCCAGAAGAUCGCGCCCGAUGCAUUCCUGCUCGGCGAGGUGGUGCCCGGCAACGGCGUCAAGUACGUGUAAAUCAGCGAGCUGACGUGGGUAUGUGUGCGAGCUCAGUAAUUGUCGCGACAGACGGCGGCGAGCCGUCGCGCGAGCGCGGCUGCGCGUGAGGAGCUGCGUAAGCGGCGGCGUAAGCGAGCAAGCAAGCUGGUGCACUGCUGGGAUGCGUGUUGGGUUGUCGGUGUUUGAUGUGUUGUUUCGCUUCGUCGUUCUGGUGGUGCUGCUGCGUGGCGCCAGCGGCAGGGUCGGAAGGCGGGGGCUUUUCGCGCCCUCCUGGACAUAGGGCAGACCCGUUCAUCUCGAUUUCGUCAGAAGGCAUUUUGGCGCCCCGCUUCGUGCAUUGCGGUGAGGGCGGGUGCAUGUGUGUUGCGGCAGCUCCGUGUCUGUUGUGCGCGGUUUGGUCGGCAACAGCUGCGAGCGGCGCUGCCACGGCGGGCAAUGGCUAUGGCAAAAGUGGCGAGCAGCAGGAGGAGGAGGGAGCACAGCGCUAGACAGAGCAUUAGUAACAAGGUGCGAUUGCCGCGGGUGGCUCGUCAGGGCCUCGGAGCACCUUGCGUAAGGCUGUACAGGCGGCGCAAAACCGCUUGUGCCGAAGGGUUUAGGGGGUAGCUAUCUGGACUGCGCGCGGGUAGAUAGUCCUCGUUGUUAGGGCAAUAAGAUUAUUGAGACACAAGCACCUCUUUGACUGCGGACAGUGCGACGACGCCUGUGGCUUGAUGGAGCGAAGCGUGUGGGGGCUGCGGUUGGGGCCCCCUCGGUCUUGGACGGCAGGGCAGAUGCAAAAGUGAUGCUGGUCCCUGAUUGUCGAGUUGGCGGCGGUGGGUGGUCAGGGGCAGCGCACGACGGCCAGUGACAGGGUGAUGUGCCGUUUGCGGCGUCCUGGUGACCGCCUGAGGGGCCGGGGACCGUUGGAGGGGGCAGGCGCACAAGAUACGCAUUUUGACCUAGUACGUAUGGGCGCGGGUGCAGGCGAUUACAUGUAUUCGUUUGUCCACAAAGUGAGUGUGAGGAGCAUCCGCGAAAGACGAUUGCGAGCGGUAUGCCACCCUCGUGACGCGCGGCCAUGGGUGCGCGCGUUCAGUGGUGUGCCGGGUCGGCACCGAUGUGUGCCACGCACACACGUGUAAAACACAAAAGUA